AUGACCAACACGAAAGGCUACCGCCGCGGCACAAGGCACUUGUUUUCCCGAGCCUUCCGAAGGCAUGGACCCCUCCCGUCCUCUGUGUAUAUGCGCGUAUAUAAACGCGGCGAUAUUGUAGACAUAAAGGGCGAUGGCGGUGUUCAGAAAGGAAUGCCCCAUAAGUCGUACCACGGCCGGACUGGCCGCGUCUACAAUGUCACUCCUCAUGCUCUGGGGAUAAUAGUUAACAAACGUGUCGGUAAGCGUAUCGUACCCAAGCGGAUAAACGUUCGUAUCGAACAUGUGAAACCCAGUAAAUGUCGUGAAGAUUUCUUGCGGCGGGUGAAAGAAAACGAUGUAAAAAGGAAAGAAGCGAAGUCUUCUGGGAAAUGGGUUGAACUGAAGCGAAAGGUGAGCCGUAUAAGAGUGAUAACUAACCCUAAGUUAGCCAGCACAGCCUCGUCCAGCUCACAUCGUAAAGACGAAGAACAACAAAGUGAUUACUGUCCAUCCUCUCCCAACCAGUUCUUUGAAGGUGGCAGUGGAAUCGAACGUUACCUUGGGAUGCGGGACCGGGCUGGUACCAAGUGGCACCCAGCGAUUACCGGAGGCCGCAAGUAUGCCAAAGCGGGCUUUUCGAACAAGACUGGUCUGCCGGGGGUACUUGUUCGUGCCAUUCGUGAGCCUGUCAAGGUCCACGCGGACCAUUUGGUGCAAAUCGCUGGGUUGUAUCCUUACCAAAAUGGUUCCAACAGUGUACCCUAUCUAGGUUCUCUGCGCGCCUAUCAGUUCAAUCACGAUUGUUUUGGGAGUAGCGUAAUCCGAAUUCGGACGCGGAAUACGUCAGCAACACGGAAAAGCGAAAACAGACCAAUACUGGCGCCUGCCUUCCUCUUUCACACGCUUUUCUCCUAUCUCUUUGCCCGUUACUUAGGACUGAUGACUUCAUUAGUCCUGGAUCGCUUUUGUAAGCAACAUCUGCCCGUCAUCCGGUGCCGGCAUCCUCAGGCAUCUCAAAAUCAAUCUUUAGCCAAAAAACAGUCUCGGGUUGUCUUCAAUGUCCGCACUCCGAAGCAAACUACUCCUGCUCUCACACUGUCAGACAUGGCCGUUUGGCAGUGGUCAGUUUAUCAGGGACAAGAAUUGAGGGUGCAAGCACGGUGGUUGACCUAG